AUGAUCUCCUCUUUUACUCGCGAAGGCGGCGAAACCACGUCUUCUUCUUUACCUUCGUCUUCUUUGCAUCAUCAGAUUCGUUCGUACCGUCAAGGCCCGAACGCAACCUCGAAAACCACUCGCGGCGGGUACCGCCCGCCGAUGCUCUCGAAGGACGAACACCCGUACGACGACAGAGUGGAAGAGCUCGAGGACGUGAAGAAAAACGACCCGGACAGGAAGUUCCUCUUACUCCACCGAAAAGAGAAAUGGGACCGGGAAGUGAAAGCGAAAGAAAGUUCGAGCAAAUGUGGUGGAAGGUCUUUCCAACCGCAAAGGAACAAAAAUAAGUACAAACGAGCGAUGCAGAAACAAAUGUUCAUCAUGGAAAACAACGGCGAGAGGAAACGAAAUUCGAUGAGGAAAUACUUGGCAGAACGGCCGAAAGUGGAAGAGCACUGGCGGAGGAUGAAGAGGUUCGCGAAAGAUCCGGGUUUGUUGACGUUGGUGCAGUGCGAGUCGUGUAAGAAGACGUACCCGAAGUACGAGGAGGAAUGUAAGAAGUGCUCGGAGAAGAACGAGGAGGAUAACGCGAUGAGUGGUUUGUGA